AAGGUCUCAGCUAAACCGUAAACGAAAGCAUUCAGCGAGAUAUUGUUCAACUCGAUCUGAAUAUCAAAUGAAGCAUAUGUAGGCUGUCAUCCCUGCAGGAACGAUGAUACAGCAGGCUACAAUGACGGGACGUUUAUUCGCUACAAUAUGAAAAUGGAGCUACGCAGAUGGAUCUAUGGAGAAAAAUGUCUGACAACCUCUGCAAUGCUUCUGCCCGUGGCGACCUACAAAAAGUGUUGGAAUUGCUGCAAAAUGGAGCAGAUGUUAAUGGAUUUAAUAAAUACAACAGGACUGCACUGCAGGUGGUGAAUUGGGCCAAUCCCGAUUUAGUGGAGGCGCUUCUACGCGAAGGGGCAAACCCAAACAUCCGAGACCCUAUUCUGAAUCUCACCCCACUGCACGACGCAGCGAGAGCCGGUUGGAUAGGUUCUGUGCAGAAGCUGGUGCAGUACGGCGCUGAUGUAAACCUGUGUGAUGACAAUGAUAACCUUCCGCUGCACGGGGCCGCCAGCGAGGGAAACCUGGAGGUGAUCCAUCUGCUGAUCCGUCUCACCGCAGACCCCGGGGCCUGCAACGCGGACGGAUACACCGCCGGGCAGCUGGCGCACCUGCACAAGGAAAUGGAGGCGGCCAAAUGCAUCGAGGAUUAUUUGAGCUCAAACUAAAGGACGAAGCGGAUGAAGAAUGGUUAACUUCUGCUUUUCUGCUGACUCUGAUUUUGUUUUUUUAAAAAAUGCUCUUGGAUGCCCUGGAUUUUGUCAUCAAACCGCACUUGUCCUAUCUAACAAAGCUUUUAAUGUAUUACCAUAGCACCAUAGCAUCAAGCAUAAAUUGAACUCAUUGGUAAAUAGUAAUACAUGCUAUUUAAAAAGGUGUCCCUGAAAUUUGUAUUACUCCUUUAUUGAAAAUCAUGGGAGGAACAGAAGUGUUAACACUACCCCCUCCUUCUUUCUCUGCUAUCAAACUAAUGUGAAUGUAAAACUACAAAUAUCAAAUGCAUAAACAAUCUGACUUAAUAAAACACUGCAAUGAAUUCCAGGUUGUUCCCAUUUGUAUCGAUGAGUGUGUGUGAGAGAAAAAGUCUGUAAUAAGAAACAGACCUCACUUACCACCAGCAACUGAGACAAAGACCACAUGGAUUGUUCUAUGAUGUGUGAAGUAGAAGUCAUUUGGUACGAUAGGCUGUAA